AUGGCUGAUCGAAAUGGCCCAAAUCCACCAAAUGGGGAACAUGAUGAAGCAUGGGCGAAAGAUUUAAGACAACAAUUCGAAGGUUUAUUAAGGACGAAACGAUUAAAUGAAUUGGAUAAAUCAAGAUCAAGAAAUCCUUCACCAUCACCAAGAGAACGAUCAUCUUCAUCCAAUCUACAAACUUCAUCUUCACAACAAGAUACUCAACAAUCUUCAAACUUUCGUCCAACUUCAUCAAGUCAUCAAUCCAAACCUCCAACGCCUCCUUCAUAUUCUUCAUUAAGAAGUACACCAAAGAUUCCAACACCACCCGCAGAUGCACAAUCACAGAAAUUCCGAAACUUAUUAAUCUCCAUCUCACAAACACCAACAAAAUACGAAAACCCGGGAUUACUGGAUGAAGCUUUACAACAUUUACCAUUGGAUCGAAUCUAUGGAGAGGCAGAAGAGGAAAGUCAAAUAUAUCAAGCGGAAGCUGAAAGUAUGGGAGAUGGACGAAAGCCAGAAUGGGGUUACCAGGACUGUGUUAUUCGCGCUUUACUGAGAUGGUUUAAACGUUCAUUCUUCUCAUGGGUCAAUAAUCCACCAUGUCAAGUAUGCAUGUCACCUACCGUUGCGCAAGGCAUGACACCACCAACCCCCGAUGAAUCAGCAUGUGGAGCGACCAAAGUAGAAUUAUACAAAUGUUCGGCAGGCGAUUGUGGUGCAUAUGAACGAUUCCCUCGAUAUAGUGAUGUGUGGCAAUUGUUACAAACGAGAAAAGGUCGAGUGGGAGAAUGGGCCAAUUGUUUCAGUAUGUUGUGUCGCGCCGUGGGAGGUCGUGUAAGAUGGGUCUGGAACGUCGAAGAUCAUGUAUGGACCGAAGUCUAUUCGGAUACGAAAAAGAGGUGGAUUCAUGUUGAUGCAUGCGAAGAAGCUUGGGAUAAUCCGAGGUUAUAUGCAGAAGGAUGGGGUAAGAAGAUGUCUUACUGUAUCGCGUUCUCCAUGGAUGGUGCGACGGAUGUGACUCGAAGAUAUGUCCGAAAAUCCGGUCAUGCUCUUGCACGAACCAAAUGUCCGGAAGAGGUUAUGUUAUAUAUUCAGAACGAAAUCCGUGGUCUUCGAAGAUCAAAUAUGAAUAAGGAUGAACGAUUUCGAUUGGAAAAGGAAGAUGCGAGGGAAGAUAAGGAAUUGAGAGGUUACGUGGUAGCAUCAAUUGCGCAAUCCGUCGUCUCGAACUUGAGACCAGAUGGAUCAUCCCAUCAACAAAUGGCAACUCCACCUCCUCCACCUCCUCGACAAGAAGAUCAGAAAUUACCUGCUGAGCAACCGGGUAGACAAAGUGGCACACAGGAAUGGGUUGAUGCUAGAGGUGAAGCUGAAAGACGAAAUCAACAUCCAAGGGAUCCUUCACAACAUGGACCUUGA